AUGUCGGUCUUUGUCGGCGUCGGGGGGAUUUGCACGCACCUGGUCGUUCGGAGAAGUUUGAACCCGCAGUACUGCACCUCAAAUAUCCUUCGCCGCAAGAAGUUUAAAGGAACGGAAGUCAAGCACAACAUGCUCACCAAGGGCUUCAUCCUCGCUUUCUUGAGCUCUGUCAUUAUCGCCGCUCCGGUUUCCAUCAACGAAGAAAGAUCCCUCCGCGCCCGGAACGAAGGUCACGUUUUAACCAAGCCGUUUGAGGCGAAUCCGAAACCGGUAGCCGCUAGAAAGCAAGAUGAGGUUGACGGUAGUGGACAGUGGAAGCGUGAAAAGGGCCAUUUUGAGGUCAUGCAAUUUCACACAGAUGCGAGGCUCUCAGAGCAUGAUAAAGUUGGCGGUGAUGGACAUUGGAAGAGACAAGACGAAGUCGAGGGCGGAGGGGAUUGGAAACGAGACGAGUUCGAGAGAGAUGCGCAGUGA